CACGUUCAGUCGACGCUUCGUAGCACAACGCAACGCCAGCAAGUUCACAACGACUGUUGAGACUCGCUCGAAAAGAAAUCUGACGACCGUUCGCCAUGGUUCGGUUUAUCAGUGUCCGAUGCAUGAUAGCUGCAUUACUGUAAUUUUUUUCUUCUGGUUCUCGUUUGAACACGUACAGACCAACAUAAUAUUAUUAGAUUUCGUAACACACAACAUUUUCUGUCAAACGAAACAAAACUAGCAUCAAUCUUUUCAAACAUUUCAAAUUCACAAACAUCAAGAGUUAAUACCACCACGUCGACGUUGUUAUUUUUAUUUUAUUUUAUACUCCGACGAACACAGAAAAUCUACAGUAACCUAUCUGCGGUUAUCAUAACCAUUGCUGUUGCCGUUUGAACUUGCGCAAGUCAUUCAAACUGCAUCACAAUCAGAAGCUUCACACGUCGAACGAAAAAAAGAAGACCCUACUGCAGUCGUCUGGUUAGUGAUCAUCUGGUAUCGGUUAUAGUGAUAGUCGAUAGAGUAGAAUGAACGUUCACCAUCGGAGAUCCACGAACGUUGGUUCCGGACGUGACGGCCCUCCACCUUCGCGAAGCUGACUCCACUCUUAAGCAUUAGACAGCAAUUUUAUUGCAAUUAAUACAUUUAUUAAAACAAACAAUUUCCAGUUCUCUAGUUUUACCUGCAAAUCAUCAUCUUCACCCGGUACAAAAGUCCGCGCCGAUCGUCCGCCAACAUGUUGACCGAAUGCUGCGACGUCAUGGUGGCACACAGCCCGCCAAUCUACAGUGGCCCAUCACAAGAUCUGUCCGUACUCUAUCAGAACUGGUUGGUCGUGAACAAACAUAAGCAACAGUCGCCGUUGUCGGUGCGCCGGUCGUCCUCCUUCUCGCCGACCCGGUCGGACGACAAACAGCAGAUAGUGGCCCAUUUGCCGACAUCCGGUAAGCCCCGCCGACCGUGCCUAGUGAUCAGGGCCGAUUCUGAGGGUAGCAUAGGGUCAUCGUCGUCGAGUUCGUCUUCCGACGAGAACGAGCCGUCCAGUCCGAUCCGGAGGAAAAAGAAAGUCGUUUUCGCCGACGACCGAGGCCUGUCACUGACUCAUGUGCGAUUAAUGAACGAACCGUCGAACCAGCCACCUAAACUGAUGACCGUCAAACCGUACUUGCCCAAAUUGGCUGCGGCKUCGUCGUCGUUCUAUCAAGUAGAUGCCUCCGGCUCGGGAUCGGGAUCAGCGGUGGUGGCCAAACAAACGGGAGGUACGGAACAACUACGGCAGCAAUGGCACCUCAGAUUCUCGCAGCCGGCUUCCAGCUACGUGGACUUCCGGAAGCGACUGGACACGGACAACGUUUCGCUGGAGAACGUGAUCGUCCGGUCGCCGGACAGGCGAAUCGUGGGCACGGUGAAGGUGCGCAACCUGUCGUACGACAAAGCCGUGUUCGUCCGGUGCACACACGACCGUUGGGCCGGUCACGAAGAUACGCAGUGCACGUACGUGCAGAACAACGCGAUGGUGAACGCGGCCGCGAACGGUUCGUGUUUGGCCACCGGUCCCGCGCCAAACGUCGCGGCCAUCUAUGACACGUUCUCGUUCCAACUACCUCUGCCCACCAAUGCCGCGUCCAUGGAGUUCGCCGUGUGCUACAAGAGUGCCGAUUUCGAGUGUUGGGACAACAACGACGGCCUCAACUAUUGCCUGUCCGUGGGCAGCCCGUCCAACGGCGCCGCACURCCGCCGUCGCCGCACCAAUCCCUCCUGUCGCCUGUCCUGGUCGCAGACUUCGAUCACCAUCCGAAACAGCCCGUCCACUACUUCGGGGCCCAAUCCAGGCAGAACUCGUGGUCCGGGUGGCGCGACCAGAAAAACGACGCUUCCGCGUACUGGUAAACGAGCCAUCCACCAUCCGCCGCCCGCCAAAGUCCGCCUGUCUAAAAUAUUGUGGGACAUUUUUUUUUUAAUCUUGAAAAAAAAACUGCAACAAAGCGACAAAGUUAAGCAGUGAAAACUGAUGUUCGUUGCCCACCCRAAAUAUCAUUAUUAGUCGACGUGCAUGACCGCGUGUAAAUAACCGAUUAAUGUUAAGAAAAAUAAAGUGUAUACGUUCGUUUUUAUACAAUGUUUGAAUUUUUAUAUAGGUACCUCUAUUUAUUGUUUUAGAUUAAGCAUAUUCGAAAUAAAUAUUUAUUC